UUUACAAGCGGUUCUCUGAGGCUUUUUAAUUAUUAUGUUUGUACUCCUUACGUGUGCAUUAUACCGUCUGUGUGGUUAAUUCCGUUUAAAGGAGUGUUCAUUCCGUUAUUUACUUUUCAACUGAAUUAUUUCUUUGUGAAUAGAUUCUGCUAAAUUAUAACAAAAUCUGAUCCGCGUCUAUGUGAAUUGUUUCAAAUGGACGGGUCUUCGUUAAUGUACAUCAUGCACAAUCACAAAUCGUUGAUUGUGAAAUAUUUAACUGGUUCUGCAAUACUAGGAAUGAGAGACAAUUCAAUUAAUACAUUGAAGACGACAAAUUCAUGAGUAAGAGGAAUUAUUUUGAUGAAAGGAAAAGUUAUGGAGGAGAGUACCUUGAGGAUCCCUAAAUUUGUAUUGCCACCUGUGGGGCACCUAUCAUACAUAAUGUUAUCUGAGAAACAUCAGUAUUUCGUCAGAAAGGUAAAGACGGUGAUGGAAUUGAAGGUUGAGAUUGCUAAACAGCACCAGUGCAGUAAAAAUAGCGUAGAUAUAAUUGACGAAUGUUCGUAUGUUCCUCAUUUAAACCAAAUGUCUGUCGAAUGUUUAUCAUUCCCGAUCGCUGUGGUUCUGCAUGAAGAAAACAGAAGUGCAACUGACCUUCCUUCCGCUAUGCACUCUGUAAUCACGGCUGAUCCAGAUAUUACUAACCCAAACGAAGAGGAUACACGUAUAAAGAUGUCAUGUGGACAUGCAAUAACACCAGAAAACCUCUUCCAGUACGUCUCCAUACAAAUUCUUCAAUUCAAAAGUGAUAUAUACUGUUUUGAGACCAAUUGUGGUAAAACGUGGGAAGUGGGAGAAAUUGUGAAAAACUCUAUGAUGAACAAAUACGAAGCAUGUUUUUACAAACAGAGACUGAAAUUAAAUAAACGUCACAAAGAUCCAUCGUGUAAAAAUUGUCCUACGUGUGGAGUCUUAUGCAAAAGAUACUCUGCAAAAUCACCAAUGGUUCGGUGUAAUAAUUGUUCCAAAUUCAAAGGAAUUAAUUUUGUGUUUUGUUGGUUUUGUUUAGACGCUUGGACCUUCGAUCACAACUGUGGGGAUGGACACCUUAAUCCAACACAAGCAUCACAAGUUCAAGAAAUUCUCAAUAAUUGUGAAAAAAUAACAGUUCAGUAUUCCAAUGUUCCAAAUGUUCCUUCUUUAAGAUUGUGUCCCAAUUGUAUGUUAUUAAUUGAACAUGCUGAGCAAUGUAAGGAAGUGUUAUGUGUAUCUUGUAAAACGUCAUUUUGCUUCAUUUGCCUUAGCGUAAAGCCGAGCCACGGCAAAUUGGCGUGUGGCGGUUAUAAUACGCCAUGCAAUGUUGCACCCAUACAGAAAUUAAGUAGUCUCAUAUUGAAUUAAACCCCAUGAAACAGAUCAUGAAGAUUAUCCAAUUGUCGCUUGUUAUUGAAUGUAUAAAGUUGUAAAUUCAAAAAUAAAUACAUA